AAUGUAUGCGUGUGUGACACCGAGGGAGAGCAGGGAGCAAGGUGGACAGCGCGAUGACGGCCUGCGGUCAGCAGGAGCAAGAGGCCUGUGGCCUGAGCUCGCCCGCUGUUGCCCAGCAGGAAGUGGGCAGCGUGAGCCCUGCAAGUACGUGUGCGGUCCAGGAACCGGGGGAAGAGGCGGAGCCCGACACAGUGCUGCAAGUAGGAUCCGAGGUCUUCCGGGUGGACCGGCAACAGCUCGCAGGCGUGAGCCCUUAUUUUCGGGCCCUGUUCUACGGUGGGGGUCGAGAGAGCACGGAGGAACGAAUCGAGAUCCGGGGGGUGGGUUUGGCCGAGUUUCGAGCCCUCAUGGGUUUUGUACAGACCUCCAGGCUGCCUCUGGACAGGCAGAACGUGCUGGGGAUCCUGGAGACGGCCGACUUCCUGCAGCUGGAGAAGGCUAGAAUGCUGUGCUGUAAGUUCCUGGAGCGGGAGCUCCAUCUGAGUAACUGCCUGGGCAUGAUGGCUUACGCCUGGCAGCUUGGGUGUCUGGAGCUGUAUCGGGCAGCCCGGGGCGUAGCUCUCACCCACCUGCCGGCCCUGGCGUGCGAGGAGGACUUCCUGUACCUCUCCAAGGAGAGCGUCGCCGACCUGCUGUCCAGCGACGACCUCUUCCUGCCCCGGGAGGACCUGGCGUUCGAGGUGAUCCUGCGCUGGGCCACGGUCGACCCCAGCCGCGAGGCCGACUUCCUGGAGCUGGCGGGGCACGUGCGCCCCGAGUGCCUGACCCUCUCCUACCUCGGCGAGCUGCUGGCCAGCGUCAAGGGCUCGGACCCCAGGGCCCGGCUCAUCUGCAAGCUGGACGCCCAGCCCCCUCCCAGGUGGACGGCUCUCGGCUCUGCGCCCCGUAAGAGGGCUCGGGAGACGCUCUUUGUGCUGGGGGGCCCCCAUGACCGUGGCAAGCAAGCGCUGUACCAGUUCCAUCCCCGUAGUGGCAUGUGGCAGCCCUGUGCCCCCCUGCAGCGCAAGAACCUCACCCAGUACGCUGUGGGCGCUGUAGGGGGCAGUGUGGUGGUGACGGGGGGCUACUUCCUUGAUGAGGUGGUGUGGUACAGUGUGGACUGGGUGCACGUGUUCCUCUGCGCCGAGGGCCGCUGGGUGGAGGGCCCCCCGCUGCUGAAGUCCCGGCACAGCCACUGCGCCGUGGGGCGGGGGGAGGAGCUGUUCGUCCUGGGGGGCAGCAUGGACGCGGGGCCGGUGGCGGAUGUGGAGAGGCUGCUGAUGGGGGAGCCCAGCUGGCGGAGCUGCAGCCCCAUGGUGCGGGCAGUGGAGAGGGCGGCGGCGGUCAGCAUGGGCCCCUGUAUCUAUGUGGCCUGUGGCCUGGAUGAGAAUGGAGACGUGUACAGUGGCAUCCAGAGGUACCAUGUGCUGACUGACCAGUGGGAUGUGGUCUCCUACUCACCCCUGCCAAGGUACGAUCUGUUGGCCACGGUACUCAACGGCGCCCUCUACCUGUUCGGAGGGAAGGCGCUGCGGCUGGACGUGGAGACGGACGAGUGGACAGUUCUGGAGGAGGUCUGCCUGGACAGGAAGUUCUACACGGGCUGCUCGGCGGUCACCGGGCAGGUGUACCUGCUGGGGGAGCGGAGGGGGAACCGGGCCCUGCCCAACAUGGUGCUGCUGGACCCCUACACAGACACCUGCAUGGAAAUCGAGGACGCCCUGCCGUGCCCUCUGCCCAUCCACGGCUGUGUCACUGUGAGAGUCACCGACUGACAAGAGCAGGGACAAGGGGACUUCAGAAGACGUCCAUUACAGGUGUCCAUUUCAGCGGCCAGUGAGGUCAGUCAAGCCGGUCCAGUAGUUCAAGUCAAAGUCUUGGCACCAGAAGUCUCUUGGUUGAACCUCAGACUCGGACACUGACCUUCUGUAUGUUACCGGACAUCUGCAUUCAGAUAAGAUGCAUUGUCAAAUGCUGAGUGCCUGUGCGGAAGAUAAUGUAUACUUCACCCCUUAGUUUUCUGAAGUCUAUUAUUUGUACUAGUUCUAUCCUAAAUAGCCAGUGUUUAUCAAUCAAAGUUUAUUUAUCAAAUGCACAACAAUACAGCAUGCAGCAGUAGUUGCUGGCAAUGAAAUGUCUUUUCUACGAGCUCACCGUAGCUAAAAUCAUUUGGACUUCAGUUGGAGUCAGGGAGGCUAAAAUGCCUCCUACUAAGUAUUGUGUUGGCUUCAGAACGUCCUGUGCUCUGGAGACUCACUCAGGUGCAACACUUUGCAUUUAAACACAAAUAGCUUUUGGUUUCUUCCUACACCACCAGAGAAGGUUGCUACAUGUGACGAGCUACACAGCUGUGUGAGUCUUUGACACCUCAGACACAGACAGGAGUUCUGAUUUACUGUAUGCGUCGUGAGCACCUGACAAUUUACUCAAAGCCUCCAGUUGUUUUCUACUCUGAUCACAACUUCGAUUCUUUUGAAUACAGAUUCCUUGGGGUGAGAAGAAACCAAGCUUUUCAUCUGAUGGUGAAUGUAGAAUGAAACAAAUUUAAUUCAUGCAGAUCAAAAUCUUUCCACCUGGAUCACAAAGCAAGGGAUACAGUACUUGAGCAGCCAAUAAGAAGGGACAAAACAAAAUGGACUGAAAUUACAGCUGUUCCUCCACAAAGAAGGGAUCACUGAUUAAAAAGGGCAGUACAAUGAAAACAUUGGCACAGCAGUGUAUAAAUAUGAGUCUGGUUGAGGACAGACUGUUCAUGAAACACUUCAACAUAGGGCUGUAUAACCUAAUCAGAAAUAAAAGCACACAAAGAUUGAUUAAAUGUCUUUAUUAAUAUUAAGAUGGUCACGAAGGCAACGUAUAUGCAGUGCUACAAACACAGAUGAACGUGUAUACGGCUUAGUUCCAUCUGCACAGCUGACAGGCUGACUCGUAUGUUAUUGGCAGAAUAAGAGUUCUCCCAGAGCCCUUUUAUUAAUAAAUACGUAGUACAUUUUGUACCAUUUUCUUUCAGUCAUACACAUGUUUAUGUGAUUUUCAAAGUAUCCUGGAAAUGUAUGGCAGGUUAACUUUUAUGGAAACUGUUUUCUCAGUUCUGUGCAAUCGCACUUGCAGUUUCAAACAAAUAAUGAAAAGAUAAAAUAUGCUACAUAUUUAAUACGAAAGGGUAAUAGCCAUACUAAUGGCAAUAAAUGAGGGACUGGUUCAGACCAAUUGUAGAUCAGCACUGAACUGUAGGCAUAUCAAUGCCAUUCUCCUGGGUCAAAAACAGUCAUUUCAGUCUCCCAUAUACUGUACAUGCAAUAAUUUAAAAUCACUUACGGAAACGCUCAGGUACUGAGGUCUGCAAGCAUAGUAAAAUCGACUCUGACCUAUAUCUGAUAUUUUGUGAAAGAAGAUCGCUAAUACCAGAACAUCCAUUAGCCCCUGCACAACUGGAACUCAUUAAAGACGGACAGCAGUUCCAAUUUCUUGUAUUGGUUAUUAUAUCUCGGUAACAAAAUCUGACAGUAUCACAAAAUUUGACCAAUUUCGAAUUCAUCACAAAAUCAUGAACUUUAUGAAAGUCCUGUACAGUAGUCAUGUGGUUGCAAACCUCUGGUUUCGCCACAGGCAAGAACGAGAGUUUGUGAGAAUUGUGAUGUGAAGUGUCCCUUCCUGCUCACUAGUCCCUGUGAUGACUAAUACAGUACAGGUUGUGCAGCAGAC